AUGGGGCCGUUAGGGGCGGCGACGGGACCGCUAAGGGCGGCGAGGUGGCCGCGAAGGGCGGCGACGGGGCCUCCACGGGCGGCGACGGGGCCGCUAGGGGCGGCGACAGGGCCGCAGAUGGGCCGCAAGGGUCCUAGAGGGGCGGCGACGAGGCCGCGAAGGGGCCCGGCGGAGAUUUGGGCGGCGGCAGCGGCGGAGAUUUGGGCGGCGGCAGCGGCGGAGAUUUGGACGGCGGCAGCGGAGGAGAUUUGGGUGGCGGAAGUGGAGAAGAUUUGGGCGGCGGAAGCGGCGGAGAUUUGGGCGGCAGAAGCGGCGGAGAUUUGGGCGGCGGCAGCGGCUGUGAUUUGGGCGGCGGCAGCGGCGAAGAUUUGGGCAACGACAGCGGCGGAGAUCUGGGCGGAGGCAGCGGCGGAGACCUGGGCGGCGGCAGUGGCGGAGAUGUGGGCGGCGGACCCGGUGGACAGCAAGGCGGACCCGGAGGACAGCAGGGCGGACCCGGCGGACUGCAGGGCGGACCCGGCGGACAGCAGGGCGGAUCCGGCGGACAGCAGGGCGGACCCGGCGGACAGCAGGGUGGACCCGGCGGACAGCAGGGCGGACCCGGCGGACAGCAGGGCGGACCCUGCGGACAGCAGGGCGGACCCGGCGGGCAGCAGGGCGGACCCGGCGGGCAGCAGGGCGGACCCGGCGGGCAGCAGGGCGGACCCGGCGGACAGCAGGGCGGACCUGGCGGACAGCAGGGCGGACAGCAGGGCGGACCCGACGGACAGCAGGGCGGACCCGGCGGGGAGCAGGGCGGACCUGGCGGACAGCAGGGCGGACAUGGCGGACAGCAGGGCGGACCCGGCGGACAGCCACAGGGCGGACAGCAGGGCGGAUCCGGCGGACAGCCGCAGGGCGGACAGCAGGGCGGACAGCAGGGCGGCCAGCAGGGGGGACAGCAGGGCGGACCUGGCGGACAGCAGGGCGGACCUGGCAGACAGCAUGGCGGACCUGGCGGACAGCAAGGCGGACCUGGCGGACAGCAGGGCGGACCUGGGGGGGAGCAGGGUGGACAGCAGGGCAGCCAGCAGGGGGGACAGCAGGGCGGACCUGGCGGACAGCAGGGCGGACCUGGCGCACAGCAGGGCGGACAGCAGGGCGGACCCGGCGGACAGCAGGGCGGACAGCAGGGCGGCCAGCAAGGGGGACAGCAGGGUGGACGCAGCGGACACCAGGGCGGACCUGGCGGACAGCAGGGCGGACCCGGCGGGGAGCAGGGUGGACAGCAGGGCGGCCAGCAGGGGGGACAGCAGGGCGGACAUGGCGGACAGCAGGGCGGACAGCAGGGCGGACCUGGUGGGCAACAGGGCGGGCAGCAGGGCGGCCAGCAGGGGGGACAGCAGGGCGGACCCGGCGGGCAACAGGGCGGACCUGGCGGACAGCAGGGCGGACCCGGCGGGCAACAGGGCGGGUAGCACGGCGGACAGCAGGGCGGACAGCAAGGCGGCCAGCAUGGGGGACAGCAGGGCGGACAUGGCGGACAGCAGGGCGGACCCGGCGGGCAGCAGGGCGGGCAGCAGGGCGGGCAGCAGGGUGGGCAGCAGGGCGGACAGCAGGGCGGAUAGCAGGGGGAACGGGGCGGACAGCAAGGGGGAGCUGUCGAGGAUCAGGGGGGUUCUGUCGGUUCCAACUUCGCUACUAUUCAGAGUGUGA